AUGUGGGAACGCUAUAUCGUAGCGUUGUUUGUGCUUGUGCACGUCUUUCAUGGCGUAGAUGGAGACACGAUCUCGCUCGAUGAAAAAGUUCGCACGCUUCAGGAUUGGCUCCACAAGAAACCACUUAUGAACCUCAAUAUGGAACGAUGGAGAAAUUUGGUGCGCUCUCAACCACGAAACUAUUCGAUGUUUGUAAUGUUUACAGCGCUUUCUCCGGGAGUCAACUGUCCAAUCUGCAAGCCAGCUUACGAUGAGUUCCAUAUUUUGGCCAAUUCGUUCCGUUACGCUUAUCCUGAGUUGAAACAAGCUUAUUUUGCAAUUGUCGACUACGAAGAGGCCCCCAAUAUUUUCCAACAGAUGAACCUAAACACGGCUCCAGUUCUGUAUCAUUUCGGACCCAAGCUCACUGGAAAGAAGAAGCCAGAGCAAAUGGACUUCCAAAGACAUGGAAUUGAUGCUGACGCUAUGGGAAGAUUUAUUGCGGAACACACUGAAAUUCAGAUUCGUGUCUUGCGGCCUCCGAACUAUGCAGCUCCAGUGGUUGUUCUUCUUUUGGUCAUGCUCAUCCUCGGAUUACUCUACAUGAAGCGUAAUAAUCUCGAAUUUCUCUACAACCGGACUUCUUGGGGAUGUGUUUGUUUGUGCAUCGUUUUCGUAUUUAUGUCAGGACAGAUGUGGAAUCAUAUUCGCGGCCCACCAUUUGUGAUGACGAACCCGAAUACCCGUGAAACAUCGUUCAUCCAUGGUAGCACACAGUUUCAGCUUAUUUCUGAAACAUACAUUGUGGCUGUGUUGUAUGCUGCAGUAACUCUGGGUUUCAUCUUGAUGAAUGAUCCGCUUGACGUGAAAUCCAAAUCAGAAGGUGAUGCAAAAUCACGCCCAAAAGAAAAGCCGACCCAGAUUCUGCCUCCAAACGUAAUGGUCUUCAUUGGACUUGGACUAGUGGCUGUCUUCUUCUCGCUGCUCCUUUCGAUUUUCCGAUCAAAAUCACAAUGCCCUGAAGGCUUCACAUGUCGAGAUGGAACGUUAACUGAUGCACCUGAUCAGAUUGUGCAUGUCUGUUGCUCGACACUGAACAUGAGCAUUGGCGAUUGGCUCACCGAAGCCGGACUCACUCCCAGUCAGAUUCCCUAUAUCCCACUUGUGAAACUCACCGCGAUUUACAUCGUGGACCCGUCGACAAACGCCUCUUCUCCACCAAUUCACGUUGGAGACGAGGUGAUCGCUCUCUCCUAUCCAAACUAUGUUACUGCCUCGAUUGCAGCGCUCACUUUUCCGGUGCCACCAGUGGGUGGCGGAUUUCUCCAUGUGUUGACAUUGAUUGAUGCUGGUGCUUAUCCGUUUGCCAUUCUCUUGACGGCGAAUGUGUUGGCGCCGGCUUCGGUGAAUUGUGUGGUUUCCAGUCAAAAUGCACCAAAUUUCUAUUAUUAUCUCUCAAAUGGAACGGUUCCAGCUGGAUCUUUGUCGUAUAGACAUCAAUACGUGAUUCUCGUAUUUUCGACACCAAAUCAGCUCCAAAUCUCCUCAUCGGCUUCUUUCGGCAAUUCAUUCACUCCUUCACAAUCUUCGUUAAUGGAUGGAUGCAGUGGGAAUGAUAUCAGUUGCUUUUUCACGACUUCAACGAUCGGAAGUCAAUUGGGAAGUCCGCUUGCUGGAUCGCUUCUUUAUGCAAGUUUUUCUAUAAAGCUU